CGGCUGCGGGGAAACGGAAGCGGAAGUGCCGCCAUCUCCUCUUGCUAGUCGAGCAACGGCAGGGUCGGUUCAGACGUUAUUUACGACAGUAGCGCUAUUGUAUUAGUAUAAGCGGCUGUAUGACACGUUAUUUGUUUAAAUGACGAGCACGACUCGAAGGGCGAUAGCUGUUAAGGAAACCGCGGUGGGCGUCACUCUGUCACGCACUCAGGCUCUCCUCUUUAUGAGUUGAGCUAGCAUAGCGCAGCGCUCGAGUCUCUAAAUGAGCUUUUUUUUUAUUUAUAGCGCCGUGACAGAGGCAACAGGGCGUCCAUUUACUCUCGUCUUCACUGAUAAUAAACGCUUUCUUUUGCUCGGCUGAUGUCUGGUCGUGUUUGAGAGGAAAGAAAGAAACUCAGCGUUAUUUCACCCCACAUCUGUGCUUCUGGGCCCUCAUGUGGCCGCUCUGCGGAGGUUUGGAGCAGUGGACAGGCUGAACACUGAGAGACCCUGACCUGAGCGCACACGCAGAGAGAGAGAGCGACACCCCCAGAUUUUGCAGAACCUGAUAGCCAGCCUGUUGCCAUGUCGACAUCAUCGCUACGGCGACAAAUGAAGAACAUUGUUCACAAUUUCUCAGAGGCAGAGAUAAAGGUUAGGGAAGCAACCUCUAAUGACCCAUGGGGUCCCUCUAGCUCUCUGAUGUCAGAGAUUGCUGACCUGACAUACAAUGUAGUGGCCUUCUCAGAGAUUAUGAGCAUGGUCUGGAAGAGACUCAAUGACCAUGGGAAGAACUGGAGACAUGUAUAUAAAGCUAUGACUCUGAUGGAGUAUCUGAUAAAGACGGGUUCCGAGAGAGUGGCACAGCAAUGCAGGGAAAACAUCUAUGCCGUUCAGACUCUUAAAGAUUUCCAGUACAUUGACAGAGAUGGCAAGGACCAGGGUGUGAAUGUACGGGAAAAGGCCAAGCAGCUGGUGACUUUGCUAAAAGACGAGGAGAGGCUACGAGAGGAGAGGAUCCAUGCUCUCAAGACCAAAGAGAAGAUGGCACAGACUAGCAGUGCAUCUUCGGCCCCUUCUGCUCCUGCUUUAGGGGGAGGACUGCACUCGGGAGCAGACCCUGAGCAGGCGUGGCCCCAGAGCACUGGAGAGGAGGACCUACAGCUCCAGCUGGCACUAGCCAUGAGCAAGGAAGAGGCGGAGCAGACUAGCAAUGACCCUCUGGAAGAUGCAGAUCUCCGCUACGCACUCACAGUCAGCCAGGAGACUCACCAAAAGGAGGAGCGUCUGCGCAGGGGAGACGACCUGAGGCUGCAGAUGGCCAUCGAGGAGAGUAAGAGGGAGAAAGCCAAGCCCGAGGAGUCGUCUCUGAUGGAGUUGAGUGCUGUAGAUCCAUGGGGGGCCCCUGCAACGGGCUCCGCAGCACCCUCUCCUCCUCCCGCUUUGGCUCCUGCAUCUACUGCUGGGCCAUGGGGCCCUGCAGACCCGUGGGGAGCCGCUUCCCCCGCUUCUCCUCCAAGUGCUGACCCCUGGGGAGGUGCACCAACAACCGUAGCCCCAGAUCCAUGGGGUGACUCUUCCUCUAGAGGAAACUCUGACCCCUGGGCAUCAACCGCUGUGACCCCUCCAAGUGCAGACCCUUGGGCUGCCUCAGUGGCUCCGGCCCCUACCCCGCUCUCAGGGUCAACCGAUCCCUGGGCAGCGGAAGGAGCCGCCCCUGCCACUGACGGUCUGACCUCUGAUCCCUGGAGUGGCUCAUUUAAACAAACUAAUGGCACAGCAGAUCCAGAGAGAAGAGGCUCCUCAGUGAUAGGAGGUGAUGGUGGAGGCAGCACAGGCUCUCCAGUUCCCUUUGACCUUUCAUCGCUCAGUACCUCCUUGCCUGUUCGAAAAACGCCAGAGUCAUUUUUGGGUCCCAAUGCUGCACUCGUGGAUUUGGACUCACUAGUAUCAUCAAAACCCAAACCUAAACAACCACCACCGCCAAGCAUCUCCUCCACAUCUCACAACCCCUUCCUACAGACACAGGGUCCCUCCUCAACAGGGAUGGGAGUUACCCCAGGCAGUAACAUUUCCAGUAGAGGGGUGUCUCCAUCGCCACCUUCUGCAUCUAAUCCUUUUGGCACGACCUCGAUGGCAUCCAUCUCCCCUCAACCUUCUUCACUCGGUCUGAGCCAGCUCCGUACAAGCCCCAUCCCCCAGAAUCCUAUGCUGUGUCACAUGCCUCCACCAGCAGUGGGAAUGGUUCAGCCAGGGAUGGGCAUGCCAGGAAUGGGGGUCCCUAUGGUGACCCCUGGUAUGGGCAUGGGAAUGGUACAGUCCAGCCAAAUGGGCAUGCCUUUUGGUGGAAUAUCCCCCAUGGGUCCCACAGGAAAUCCCUUGCUGAUGGGCCCUGGUGGCCCCACACAGCCUGCACUGAUUUUGGGCGGGCCAUCAGGGGUGGGCGGAGUGAUGGGAACAGGAGGAUCUAUGGGAGGUGGAACGACAGGCACAAGCACCAAUCCUUUCCUUCUUUGAGAGAUUUCACUAAUACCACGUGCCCCUUCAACUAAAUCCAACCAAUCCAAACCUGCCCUACCAACACAAACAGUUCGUGUUUGACAAAAAAAAAAAAAAA